GGGACCGCCAUCCAGAGCUCUCUCCUUAAACCUGCUAGCACGAGCCAAAUUCAAACAGAUGCUACAACUCCUUAUUGACUUGGACUGCCAUCUCACUUUGUCUGCGGGGAACGCAGUCUCCUCCUGUGUGUGUGUGUGUUCAGAAAAGUUCUGCUGGGGAAUAUUCCAACCUUCUGCUUCCCUUGAUUCUUCCCAUACAGCUGGCAGCUCGGCUAGAAAAAAAAAUCCCAUUUUGUAGCUAUCUGUUAAAUAAGGAGAGAAGGGAGAGUUUGUGUUAUGGAUUUAAGCCCUCACACUGGAAACCCAGCAGCUUUGUAAAGGAAAAAGACCACAGUCAAAGACAAUACUAACUGUUUUUGGAUAAUUUGAAGACACUGUAUAGAAGAUUCUUGAAAGUAAGGAAAAACAAUGUAUGACCAGUUUGUGUCUGCUCUCGAGGAACGGCUGCAGACAAUUAAGAGAAAGAAUUAUAAGGUUAACUGUUAAGUGACAAGGUUUUUUCAAUUGGAUGUCUACUCUGCCCGGGAAUACAGAAUUGCACCCUCGGGAUUUGGACUCUUGAGGCACGUGUUCAUGGCACCUUCCCAUGCCACUAGUCAUUUGAUAUCCAUACACUAAAAAAAGACUUUGUUCAUUCCGGACAGAUUUUAUAUGUUUAUAAGAGGAGUUAGAUGGUUAACUUUGGUCUGGGUGACACCAAUGAAUUAAUUACUUCACCGACUUGAAGAUCCCCUGUGCCAGUGCAGUGGCACUAUUUUAGUCAUGGCUGUUCACGCUCUCACAGGUUUUUCAUUGGUCAGCUUGCUGAGUUUUGGCUAUAUGUCCUGGGACUGGGUGAAACCAGCAGUACUGGGAGAUAGUCCUGGGGAUGAGCCAGCCAAACUUCAGGGAACACCAUCUAGGCCACCGCACAUUAUCUUUAUCUUGACUGAUGACCAAGGAUUCCAUGAUGUGGGCUACCAUGGCUCAGAUAUCCAGACUCCUACUUUAGAUCGAUUGGCCGCUGAGGGUGUUAAACUGGAGAAUUACUACAUCCAGCCCAUAUGCACCCCUUCACGUAGUCAGCUUAUUACUGGAAGGUAUCAGAUCCACACUGGGCUACAACACUCCAUUAUACGCCCGCGGCAACCCAACUGCUUGCCUCUUCAUCAAGUCACAUUGCCCCAAAAACUACAAGAGGCUGGCUAUUCUACUCACAUGGUUGGCAAAUGGCACUUGGGCUUUUAUAAGAAGGAGUGCCUGCCAACCCGCCGUGGCUUUGAUACCUUCCUUGGCUCUUUAACAGGCAAUGUGGACUAUUACAGUUACGAUAACUGCGAUGGCCCUGGGGUGUGUGGGUUUGACUUACAUGAAGGGGAAAAUGUAGCUUGGGACCAGGCUGGAAAAUACUCUACACUUUUGUACGCUCAACGUGUAAACCAGAUCUUGGCUUCUCAUAACCCCCAACAGCCUAUCUUUAUAUAUGUGGCUUUCCAGGCAGUCCACACUCCACUACAGUCCCCUCGUGAAUAUAUUUACCCAUAUAGGGGGAUGGGGAAUGUAGCAAGACGCAAAUAUGCUGCCAUGGUAACGUGUAUGGAUGCAGCAGUGAAGAACAUAACCAGAGCACUAAAGAAAUAUGGUUACUAUUCCAACAGCGUUAUUGUCUUCUCAUCAGAUAAUGGCGGUCAGACAUUCUCUGGGGGGAGUAACUGGCCCCUGAGGGGUCGCAAAGGAACAUACUGGGAGGGAGGAGUGAGGGGAUUAGGUUUUGUUCAUAGCCCUCUUAUAAAAAAGAAGAGGAGGACUAGUCGGGCUCUAAUGCACAUUACAGACUGGUACCCAACUUUGGUUAAGUUGGCAGGAGGAAAUAUUUCAAGUGCAGAAGGACUGGAUGGUUAUGAUGUGUGGGGAGCCAUCAGUGAGGGUAAGGAAUCCCCCCGAACUGAAAUCCUGCAUAACAUCGACCCCUUGUAUAAUCUUGCUAAGUCAGGGUCCUUGGAGGAGGGUCAAGGCGUCUGGAACACAGCAGUCCAAGCAUCCAUCAGAGUAAAAGACUUUAAGCUCCUAACUGGGGAUCCAGGUUACAGUGACUGGAUACCUCCACAGACACUCACUAAUUUCCCUGGAAGCUGGUGGAAUUUGGAGCGCCACACUGACGGAGCUCGUAAGUCCCUCUGGCUCUUUAACAUCACAGCGGACCCUUUUGAGAGGCACGACUUGUCUUCUUCAAAGCCUGAAGUAGUUAAGGAGCUUCUUAUACGACUGGGUUAUUAUAACCGUACUGCUAUCCCAGUUCGUUACCCUGCUGAGGACCCAAGGGGUAAUCCCGAACUUAAUGGAGGUGCCUGGGGCCCUUGGGCUAGUGAGGAUGAUGAUGACGAAGAAGAAAACUGGAUUGGGAAAGGAGGUGAAUAUAUAAAGAAUCCCAAGAAGAAGAAGUGUAAGAUUUGCAAGCUGAGGUCAUUCUUCAGGAAACUGAACACUCGCCUUAUGUCCAACCGUAUUUAAACUUUGACUCUAAUACCAACCAUAUGCAACUUUUCAGGAUAAAAUUCUUAGAAACCUAUUUUUUAAAUAUUCUUUUGCUUUUUGAGAAAGUGACUAAAGGGCAAGUCAUCAAUGCAAAAAAAAUAAAAAUCGAAAAAACUUUUUGAGGGCAUGUAUUAAAAAUUGAAUAGGAUUAUGGCAAAGACGCUAAAGGAUUGAUGUGCAAUAAAUCCAGAAUGUGGAGUUCAUUUCUCCGGUACUAUAAUAAACAAGUUAAUGGAUUUAGGAUAUGUUAUAACACGGUCUUGUCAUCUUUAGGGCAGUUUCUACAAGGGUUAAUAAACUUUCUUGUCAGUAGGGAUUCCAGAAA